AUGGUGAGUAAAGCUGAGUCUGAUGCUCUAACUAAACAGAUAGCUUUAAUUCUACAAGUUAAUGAAAAUUUGACCAAAGAAGUAUUAGAGAUUAAAGCUAAACAGGAUUCACCCUCUCCGCUGAUGUUGAAUACGAUGAUGGAUCUGUUUAAAAUCGAAUCGAGGAAACUGUUGGAUGAAUAUCGAGAGCAAUCAGCUAGAUCUGGUGAUGGAAUACUGGAAACUCCAGUUAUGAACAAACAAAACAAUCGAUCCGGCGGUGGUAGUAAUUUUUCUGGUGAGAACUCUAAUUUUACUUAUACACAUAAGCUUAAAGAGGUAUUCAUAAGAGAUAUAUGUUCACGAUUCCAAGAGCUGGGUCACGAUGACAUAGUUGGUGAAUUCAACAAACUGAGUCAGUAUGGUAUUGUGUUAGAAUAUCAAGAGCUCUUUGAGGAGCUUAAGGCAUUGAUGUUGGCUAAGAACAGACACCUUACUGAGGAGUAUUUCACAUCCAGCUUCAUCAGUGGCUUAAAAAAAGAAUUAAGGAUUGUUGUAAAAAUAUUUUCUCCUACCACACUUGAGAAGGCAAUAUACUUGGCACGAAUGCAAGAAAUAAUGAUAGAGAGUACUGCAAAAAAGGCUAGAUCCAAUAGACUACCCCCAUUAUUCAUUCCACAGGGUCAUAAGAGUGUGGUGACUAGUCCAAAGUCCACAUCCCCUUCUCCAAGACAAUCUACAACCACCAGCCCAAAAUUGCCUCAUGUUAGAAAGCUCACUUAUGCUGAAAUGAAGGCAAGGAAGGAAAGAGGGUUGUGUUAUAAUUGUGAUGAAGAGUUUAAAUAUGGCCACAAGUGCCUCAAACAACAGCUAUUCAUGUUGGUGGCAGAUGAUGAAGAGCAAACUAAAUCUGAAGAUGAAUCACCCUCCAGCACUCCAUUAAUACAAGAAGUGGUAGAAGAAGAGGUGGAAAUAUUAGUUCAUGCCUUGUCUGGUAAUACAUCUCCAAGCACUAUCAGGAUACAUGGCAAGAUCUUAAACAAGAAAUCCAUUACCAUAUUGGUGGAUAGUGGAAGUACACAUAGUUUUAUAGAUCCUGAAUUAGCCAAGUUGAGUGGAUGCUUAGUGGAACCAACUGCAACAUUCCAAGUAGUUGUGGCAGAUGGAAAUAAACUGGUAAGCUCUUCUAGAUGCCCAGAAUUUCAGUGGGAAAUGCAGGGUCAUAAAUUUCAAUUUGAUAUGAAGGGGAAGAAGGUGGUGUUACAAGGUAUCACUGAGAGUGCCAGAAUUUCUCUCAUGACUGGCAAGAAAUGUGCUAGAUACAUGAAUAAACACAAGCAUGGACUAGUAGGGCAUUUGUACUCCCUCACUGGAGAAGAAAAACAAACUAUGACACCUCCUACCCUGCAACCACUACUAAAUUCCUUCCAACCCAUUUUUCAAGAACCCACAACCCUUCCUCCUACCAGGAGCCAUGAUCAUCACAUACCCUUGCAGCCACUUUCUUCACCUCCCAACCAAAGGCCUUACAGGAUACCCUACAUUCAAAAAGAUAUAGUGGAGAAAUUGGUAAAAGAAAUGCUAGCCUCUGGUGUUAUCAUGCCAAGUCACAUUCCUUACUCAUAUCCAAUCCUACUUUUCAAGAAGAAGGAUGGUAGUUUGAGGUUUUGUGUAGACUAUAGGAGGCUAAAUGAAAUCACCAUCAAGAAUAAGUACCCAAUACCUGUCAUUGAUGAGCUGCUAGAUGAAUUAAAGGGUGCAAAGGUGUUCUCCAAAAUAGACUUAAGGGCAGGGUAUCACCAAAUAAGAGUUCAUCCAAGUGAUAUUCACAAGACAACAUUUAAAACCCACCAAGGCCAUUAUGAAUUUCUAGUAAUGCCAUUUGGGCUCACUAAUGCACCAGCAAGCUUCCAGGCUCUCAUGAAUGAUAUAUUUCAGCCUUACUUGAGGAAGUUCAUUUUGGUGUUUUUUUGA